CUGCAUCUAAUAAUGAAUAUCCUUCAUUUUGGUUUUGUAAAGGACUGAGAUAGACAAGAGUUUUGAAAUAUGUAUGAUGUAUUAGUUAAUAAAGUUUCUUCACAAAUUUACUUCAGCAGAUGGGAUAUGGCAGAAGUUGAUUGCUGAGGAUGCCUCACUGCAGCUAAUGGUAACAGCAGCAAUACUAUGGCUGGUUUUUUAAUUGGUAUGCCAAAGCCACCAAAGAAUAUUUUAUGCAAUUGUCUUACAUGUUAAACAAAACAAGGGACUUGAAGAUAUCGAAACAAACCUUGAUGAAGGCAUGAAAUCUAUAUCAGAUCUACUUGGAAAUGAUAUGAAUCUAGAUAAGUUAAGUAGCUUUUCUUGUUGGUCUCAACCUUACCAAAACAAACGAUAGCAUCUCUGUUCAAAGUACAGAAUGAGCUUCAGAACUCCCUCACAAAAGAAAUACAGAUUACCACAUGUUUGUCAGCUUGCAAAAAGAGCCUUUGUCUUCAUGAUUUAGUUACCUUGCAAGCAAUUGUUGGUAGCCUAAAGACUCUCAAGCAAAAUAGUCUAGUGGCUGCCGCUAUUCCACCUAAGUAUACUGGCUCUCGUGAUACUCUUGAGAGAAAGCCACAACCCCUUAAGAAGUAUGUAUACAUUCCAGAAUUGUGCUUUUCUUGUCACUAUUACACUUAUUUAGAAUGGUUAUCUGCUAUGUCACAGCCCUCGAUUGAACACAAUUAAAUGAGUUUAAGCCUUGAAUAAGAUAAAAUGCCUAGGUCCAUUACUGGUACUUUAGUUCAUAGUUUUUCUUAUGAAAAAUCUGACUGAUCUAUCUUGAUUCCAACCCAGCCAUGCCUUCUAAGGCUUGUGUUCAAUCAACUUGACCUUUGAACAUGUAAUUGGGAGAUUGGAACUCAAUAAACAUGGAACAAUCUAUGUUUAUUGGAAGGUCAGCAAUUAUGAAGAACAAAGGGAAAGGAAUUUCUUUUUCUUGUGCUCGGCUGGUAAUUCUUGAGUCUCCUAUUUUUCCUGCCCCCUUGCCCCAAAACAUAAAGUUAUAUAAUAGAAUUAGACAUCUGGCACUGUUGCUGCAUGCUUUCUGAUUGAGAAAUACUGGCACAUUUGAACAUUCCAAGUUGGGUUAGAAUGUUGAGUUUCUCACCUUUUAUUUCAAUUAAAAUUAAGAGGACCAACUCCAUAUCUUUUCCUUAGGGGCUUAGGGCACUUUCUUCCUCUUUCCUUGUAUAGUGAUUUGCUUAUGCUUGCAAAUUAUGUUAGUUUUGAUAUAUGAAUUUCAUUUCAUUUUUCUUACAUCAUAUCGAAACUUGAAUGGAUAUCUUAUCUCUCCUUCAAUCCCAUUACCUCAAAUGAAAAGUGAUUAUUGUGACCUUUCAAGUGUAUUUGGGGUAAAAGAUGAGUACUUUGGAUGUAACUAGAGCUAAACUUGCUCUUAUUGCUUUGUAUCUGAAUACAGCUAAAGCAAGAGAUAAGAUAUGCAGGGCUAUACAGUAUGGUUCAAAAUUCAUUAGUGAAGGGAGCCUGGCACAGCCCAAAAUGUUGACAAUUCAACUAGCUUGGCAAGGAAAGUUUUCUGACUUUUUAAGUUUUGGCUACAUCCUAUAAUGCAAAAUAAGAAAUUAGAAUUGUUUUUAUUCAAUCUCCUAAUAAUGGUAUUAUCAUGAGUUUAGAUUGUUAAAUUGGAAAAUUUUGAGUCAGUUUAUACAUCUUAUGAGAAAAUGUUUUUCUUUUAGAUUUAAUCUAUACUCUUACAAAUCUUGAAUCUUGCUUGAUUUAUGCUUUACAUUGUUAAUUUGCAGUUUGUCAAGGAUUUGCAUGCUCUUAUUAGCCUAGUUCCUCAAGGAACUCCCUAUCCACUUGUUCUGUUGGGGAAGUCAAAGAAUGCACUAUUACCAACUUUCUUAUUUCUCAAUCAAAUUGUUUGGCUUGGUGGAACAAGUAUCUAUAAGAACAAGGAACCUGCUGAGCUGCUUGGGUGGAUAUCCUUUUUCUGAUGGAUGGGUUCUUCAAUUUACAACAGCUUGGUUGAGCUUGGGGAACCUAGGAGGCUUUCAAUAUCAAUGAAAAAGUUGGAGAAGGAGCUAAAGAAUGGUGAUAAGUGCCAAGUAUGCUUAACACAGUUACUAUUCUGUGUGCUCACAGCUGGGAUUAUCCUAUUUGAAUUUCCAUAUUAUAUUGUGAUGGAUAAAAAGGGCAAUGAAAGAAUGGUAUUGUUUGAUGGGAAAUUUAUUUUAUAGAGGUUUUUGUAUAUUGUAAAAUGAGUUAGAGUAUUAUUUGAUCUCAAUAUAUAAAUAAAAUGUGUUUGGUUUU